AUGGUUAUCGAUGAUGAAACUGAUAACCAACAAAGCAAUGAAAUACAAACUAAAUCAACUAUGGGAAAAGAACCUAUAAGUGAUGGUCAAGAGCCAUUGAAUAAUGGAGACCAAGCAAAUUAUUACCAACGACUACAGUCACAAUUACAAAACCAGGGUGCUCAAGAUGGCAUUGAUCUUCAAGCUAUUUUCCAAUCUGAAUCACUCGAUUUUAAAUCAGCAGACGAUGUACUAUCUGAAUUUAAAGAUGAUAACUAUGUUAUAGAGAGAAAAGAAGAACCCAUCCAGCAUCAUUCUCCAACCCCAUCAUCGAAUAUCGAUCACGAUCAAAAUCAACCUGCAAAAAACGAUGAUUUAAAUGAUUUCUACCAAGACGACGCUUAUCAAGAUAAUAUAAAACAGAAUAAUCAUGCUUAUGCUGAAGAUCAAUACGAAGAUGAUUUCGAGGAAUUAAUCGAAGAAGCAGAAACAGAGAAUCAACGAAUGAUUACCAAGAAACAGUCGCAGGAUAUUGUUGAACAAGCAGAUUUACAUCCGACCCAACAUGUGGUAGAAGAGACAAUUACACAGCAGCAUACAACCCCAUUAGGUGAAAACGGAGAAGCAUCGCAACCCGUAGUUGAAGAAAUAAUAACACAGCAGCAUACAACCCCAUUGGGUGAAAACGGAGAAGCAUCGCAACCCGUAGUUGAAGAAAUAGUAACACAACAAUACCAGGCUCCAUUAGGCGAUGAUGGAAGUGUUAAGCCUAGCAGUGUUGAAAAUCUUAGGCAAACAUCACCAUCGCAUCAAGUUGAAAUAGAUAUCCAACCGGACAAAGGCAGCAUUCACGAUGAUCAUUAUAGUCAUCAUAGUGACGUUAAUAUAGCCAAGGAUAACACAAAUCAAGACGAGGUUAAUUUUCAUUCCCACGAUACUAUUAAUAGUAAUCGAUCAUCACCAAUUCCUACCCAUCUUAAUCAAGACGAUAAAGAAGAAAAAGAUAAAAAUGAUCAACAUUCCAUCCGAUCCAAUUCAUCUAGCCAUCAUGGUAUUGUAGAAAAACGACAAAAUGAUGAACAAGAAAAUUGUCCAACAAUUCAUAUUGAACAAGUUGAUGGGCAACAACAUGAAAGUAAUGACGAUGAUUUAAUAAAAUCGGAAAAUUUAAUACAAAGUGAAGUUAAUCAGCCUGAUGCAGAAAAUAAAAAUGAUAUUUCAGAACAAUCUGUUAGUAGCAGUAGUCAAGAUGAAGAAAUGAAUCGAUUGAGGGAAUUACUAGAUCGAAAUAAAGCCACAAUGGUUCAACAGCAUGAUCAAAUGCUAUUAGAUAUGGAUAAUAAAUUACGAGAAAAAGACGCUGAAAUAGAACAAUUGAAAGGGUUGUUGGAAAAGCAUAAUUUAGAAGAAGCCAGUGAACAACAAUAUCGCCUAUUGCAGUAUGAAAAACAAGUUGAGCAAAAAGAUAAUGAAAUACAACAACUAAAGAGUUUACUUGACGAAUUAAAGCAAGAUGUUAAUUAUACUGAAUUAAUCCAUUUACGUGAGCAAGCUAAUAGAGCCAAUGCUUUAACGGUUCAGCAAGAAUACUUAUCACGGCAAAUUACGGAAUUUACUGAAAUGGAAUUAUACUUAAGGGCGCAACUUGAAGAGCUACAAACUAAAUUAGAUGUAACCAAUAGAGAAAAUACCUCACUAAGUAAUAAAUUGAAAGAAUAUAAACAAGGCGAUGAAGUAAAAAAUCAGAAAAUCGUUGAAAUGGAGGAUGAAUUAGCUUCAAUUAAUGACGAAGUACAACGAUUACAAAAUAUCGUUAGUGAAGCAGCAAGUAAAGGUAGGCGAAAAUCUCUCGGUAAAUCAAGUCGAAUAGACCAUUCUGUUCCACAACCUGCACCUACAGAGAAAAAAGUCAGUCAUCAAAGUAAAGAUCAGCGUAAUAAACAAUCUAAUUCACGAUUUUGUAGCGUAAUAUUAAUAGAUCCUAACUCAGGUUUAAUGACUUAUACAUCUUAA